AUGUCUAGCGAAAGACAGCCUUUGUUACACACAGAUGAAGGAGUGGAGAACAUCCAGAUCGUCUCGGAUCUACCCGAAGAAUAUUUAGAAUAUCCAGAUGCUCUUCCGGGGGUGAACCAUGGAAAAAAUCUCAACUGGACCAGUGCAUACAUUCUGUCUGUGUCGCGAGUAAUCGGCUCAGGCAUUUUCGCCACGCCAGGUUCUAUAGUCAAGUCUGCCGGAAGUGUCGGGUUGACAUUGCUGGUAUGGGUCUUCGGCUCCAUUUUAUCAGCUUGUGGACUAGCUGUGUCGAUGGAAUAUGGCUGUAUGCUGCCUAAGUCUGGCGGCGAUAAGGUAUACCUGGAGUAUACCUACCCCCGACCGAGAUUUCUCGCGUCAACUCUGAUAGCAGUGCAUGCCGUUGUGCUAGGCUUCACGGCUAGCAACUGUAUAAUAUUCGCGAAAUACACGCUCUUCGCCACUAUCGAUCAUCCGACCGAUUUCCAGCAUAAAGCCCUUGCAGUCGGUCUGUUGACUGCCAUCACAAUUGUGCAUGGUUGCUUUUUGAAAACGGGUAUCGCGAUCCAAAAUGCACUGGGCUGGGUCAAGAUCUUCUUGAUAAGCGCCAUGUCGCUAACGGGGCUCUGGGUUAUUCUACUCCAUUUCUUCGGCGGCGAUACCGAUAUCUCACCGGGCGUAUCAACAAUCAGUUACUCCUGGAAUUCGAUGUGGGAGGGCUCGAACUGGAGCUGGAGCUUGCUGUCGACAUCUUUGUUCAAGGUCAUCUAUUCCUAUUCUGGGCUGAGUAAUAUCAAUAACGUGCUGAGUGAGGUGCAUAACCCUGUGAAAACGUUGAAGACUGUCGGGCCGGCGGCACUGUUCACGGCCGGUGGUCUGUAUCUGCUUGCUAAUAUCUCUUACCUUCUUGUGAUUCCGCUGGAGGAAAUCAAGAGUAGCGGGGAGUUGGUUGGCGCGCUACUGUUUGAACGCUUGUUUGGGAGCCAUGUCGGCCGGAUAAUUUUCCCUCUUGCCAUCGCGGUGUCUGCAGCUGGAAAUGUCAUGGUCGUGACAUUUGCCUUAGCACGAGUGAAUCAGGAAAUAGCCCGACAGGGCUUCCUACCAUACCAAAAUAUUCUCUCGUCUUCACGGCCCUUUGGAACUCCUCUCGGCGGACUGAUAGUGCACUAUGUACCAUCCAUCCUAGUGAUAACCCUACCCCCAGGGCAGGACGUAUACAACUUCAUCCUGGAUGUGGAAGGAUAUCCAGGCAAUAUAUUCGCUCUAGCCGUGACAGCCGGCCUACUGGUCCUGCGGUAUCAGGAACCAGGUCGAUUCAGACCAUUCAAAGCGUGGCUGCCAGCUGUCUGGCUGCGAGUCGUGGUAUGUGUGACGCUCCUGAUUGCGCCGUGGGUUCCGCCUCCGAACUGGCAAGGUGAUGUUCACUUCUUUUAUGCAACCUAUGCAAUCGUGGGUAUUGCUAUUCUUGCUUUCGGGGUUGCUUAUUGGUAUAUUUGGACUCAACUUCUUCCGAAAUGGGGAGGAUAUGUAUUGGAGGAGGCAGAAGAAACAUUAGAUGAUGGCACGACUAUAAAGAAGCUGGUUCAUUCUGGACGAUACUGA